AUUUCCAGGACGGGCGACAGGGACCAUCUGGUCAGUCAGUGCUGCUUGUAACUCUCGCAAGUGUCGUGUGUUCGACUCUCUGCUCUCUGCCAAUGAGAAAUGGCUUCGCCCUGACGAAUUGGGGGGAGAGGGGCCAAUGGCGAGGGAACUUACUGGACUGGAGGCGUGGUGAUACUGGUGAAUAAGAGGUGAGCUGCUGGGCCGGGGCAAAGACUUUGACCACUCGAUGUGAGACUGGCCCAGGCUUCACACCUCUGUCACAGCAAACCAGGAGAACAGUGACAUCACAGGACUGCAAGAUGCCACAAUGGGUGUGCGGGCCAGACAAGUACGUGUGCACCCUCCCCCGGGACACACAGAUCGUGGCCUACAAGGAACUGCGCGAGACCGAACACACCAGGGACGAGGCCCUCCAGCAGAUGAGGGACUGGAUCAUGAAGAACCCUAGGAUUGUGAAUUGCCGUCUUGAUGGUCGUUUCCUCCUGCGAUUCCUGCGGACAAAGAAGUUCAGUACAGUGCAGGCACAAGAGGCUCUGGAGCGGUAUCUCCUUCUGCGGCAGGCCUUUGCACCGGCCUUCAGGAACCUCGACUACACAGACCACACCAUGAAUGAGCUUAUUUCUAACGGUUACCUGUUCCCUGUGCCCAAGAGAGAUCACCUUGGACGUCGACUUGUUAUAGGCAUUGGAUCUGCAUUUGACCCCUACAAAUACACGAACGCAGAUAUCCUGCGAAUACAUGGCAUCACGUACGAGACCCUGAUGGAGGAUGAAAUGAACCAAGUGCAUGGCUACGUACACUUCGCGGAUGGGGCAGGAGUGGGGCUUCAUUACCUAACUCUUUUCACACCUAAAGAAGCUGUGAGGAUUGUAAAGAACGGAGAGCGAACAGUGCCAAUGCGUCACAAGGAGGGGCAUGGCAUUAAUGCUCCCCCCACCCUCAAGUUUGCCAUCGAUUUUGGUUUUUCACUCAUCCCGGAGAAGUAUAGGAAACGCAUCAAGGUCCACACCUGCAUAGAAGAUGCUCUCAAGUAUCUCGACCCCAAAAUUAUGCCAAAGGAGUACGGAGGUGUCAUGCCCAUGGCUGAGAUGAUAGCCCUGUGGAAGCAGGAACUGCAGGCAGCGAGAGGCAUACUGCUGUCGCAUGACAAAAUGGAGGUGUGUCUGGACAUGUACAGUGCGAAGGCGCGGGAGGGAGCGGUAUCGGCUCUGAAGGAAGGUUUCACUUGCAAGAAGGGCAGUGAAAUGAUGGGAAUCUCGGGGAGCUUCCGUAAGCUGGAGGUUGACUAAAAUCACCAGCAAACUGACUGACAAAAUUAUGUCGGUAUCAUCACCAUGCGCUUCUUCAGGAGAAAUCGUCGUGCAUCCACAUGAUCAAUAUGCCAGCAAGUGAAGAGCAGUGACUGCCGUCAACCUCAGAAUUUGAAAGCCUGCUACUAAUUCUUAGGUUCAGCCUCCGAAUUUGGCCGCAUCAUAUGUUGAAGCUGUUCCAGUACAACUGGCAUCACUGCCUCUGCAGUUAAUGCAAGGAGCAAGGAGGCCGCAGACUAACACAUCAGUCUCAGAGCAGAGAACAGUUAGCCCUGUUCAGCAGACAGGUCUUGCAGGCUGCUCCUGUCAGUUUCAAUACAUGUGGCAGAACUCAGGGCCUGAAUUACACAUGGGUCAAUAUGCUCACAAGUGAUCAUAGCGUAAUGUCAGAUGGCAGUGCUCCUAAGAUGACAGGGUUGACAUGAAUGCACUGUUAAGCACCAUGCAUAUGGAGUUGCAACAAAAUAUAUCAAAUCCAAGCUCAUGUAUUACAUCUAACAUGUCUUUUUAUCAUCUCCUAUAAUAUGUUGAACAAUUCAUACUAAGUUCAGUAUACGGCUGUAUUCAUACACUUAACUUCCCAUAUAACCCUCUCGCAGCUGUGAGUUUGUAUGGUGUGGCAACACUGUCAGGUCAGGUAGUUUUGAAGCAUUAAAAAGAAUGACUUCUGAACGGAUCUGGUGGUGCUUCAUUACAUGCAGUUCUAAGGGAUGGCAUGUUUAACUUUGAGUUUACCUUUUCAAUACAGUAAAGAGAGGGGUGGGAAAUUGUGACAUGACCUGACAGCAGUGCAGAGCGAAGGCACAAUAUUCGUGUUCGGUCCCUACGAGUGUUGCCAGUUUUAACAAAUGAGCUGAUUCAUAAUUAAAUUACGUGAACUAGUGAAGCACAUGAAACAGAGGAGUGAGCGGCAGCUGAACUUACUGGUUCCAUGUUACAAAUUAAGAUUCCACUUCAGUUUGUGUCUAUCGUUGUUCACUUUUAUAAGAGACUUCCUUACUUAGUUUUGUUACUUUGGAUAUUACGCAUCAUCCAGGUUCUAUACUUAACCUGCAACGUUUUUAAGCUGGUUCUGCUUCCGCCUUCAGGCGAAGGAGGUAGUCUCAGCUGCUGGGCUGGGUUAUUCCAAUGAAGCCAUCAGUUUUAGUGAUAUCAUGUAUUUUAUAAAUGUUAGGUUAUGAGAAAAUAAAUAAUAUUGCAAUUUUA